AUGAACCACGGGGGCGCGCGGAAACGGAUCAUGGCUGAAAUGGUAUCGGAAAGUGGCAGUGAUGUGAGCGGUCCUGUAUCAGACCCUCCGAAACAACCUCCCAAACGCCGGCGCAUCAUUGACCCCUCAUCCAUCACAACUGUACCUGUUUACUCCAACAAGGUGAACCGUUCUUUAAAUCUGAAGCCAGUAACCUUCAAACAAACCAGUCUCACAGAUGAGGAAAAGGGUUGUCCACUCUGGUGUCCUUCCCCACCUCGGACAGUGAAACAGCCAAUCAGCAUUGAUCUGAGUGGCUCCGAAGAGGAGUCAGAACACAGUGAACCUCAGGAAAUUCUUCGUUCCCCCUCUCCACCCCCUCCACCAUGUAGUCCACCUGUCAAACAGAGCAGACGGGCAAACCAAAAAAUACGAGAAAUCAAUAGAAAAUUGGAUGCUAUUGGCUCUCUCGUGUGUCUGUCACCUGAGUGUCAAGAAGAACCUGUUAUUGAAUACAGAAACUCUCCAUCUCCUGUAAAUGACUAUGAUGAUGAUGAUGACAUCAUCAUAAUUCCCUCUGGCAGCAAACAGAAAAGACGUCCCCUAAAUACUGAGAGCAGAGACUUGGCACGAGAAAUUUCAUUAAAAUUCCGUUGCCGAACAGAGCUGUACAAAAUCCCAAUACUGUCUACAGCUCCUUUGAGUAAAGCUGUGGAACAGCUGGCCAUUAAAUUGAAUGUCCCACCCAGCCAAAUUCUGUUAUUAAAGAAGGAUGUUGAUCUCCCUUUUUACUCAUCAGUCAAUGAGCUGGGUCUUGGCAUUGCUGACAUCAUAGAUUGUGUAGUAGUAACGGAGAAUAAACAAAAAGAUGAUGACAGAGGGGAUGUCAUCACUGUGCGACUGCAAGGCAAAGAGAAAGGAUCUGUGCAGGAGUACUCUUUGCAGAAGAAUGCUCCUCUAGGGUCCAUCCUGUCACAGUACGUCUCUGGUCUGGCUGCCAGUGUUAGGCGGAAAGCUAAAUUCCUCUUUGAUGGGUCAAAGGUGACACAUAAUCAGACUCCAGCUGACCUGGAUAUGGAGGAUGGUGAUGUCAUUGAAGUGUGGGCCUAAAUGCUGGAGCUGUUGAUGUUCAGGGUUUUGCACUUGUUCAACUGCAUUUUUUUUUAAAUGUAAUAUAUGUUAGUAUUUUUGCAGGAAUUACUUUAUUUUUUUAUUUUUUUGUAGACCUUCUUAACAGCUGAUAAACACCAAAAAAAAAAAAUGUUGUUUUAGGUUUUAUACAAAUUACUUCUGUUAGAAAAAAUAAACAAUAUAAGAUAUUUUUACGUUGUGUACAUAUGCCAGAUUUAUUUAAGAAUUGAUGAAAUGUUCCUGUUUUUAAUACAUUAACUUGAUUGAAAGGAAUAUAAUAAAAUGACAAAUUU